AGCGGAUUGUCACAUCUAGGCGGCGACACAGAGUCCCUUUUCUCUAAAAACAACAACAUUUCACCUUUCUUUCUUUUAGUCAAAAUGCUUGAGCACGUUUGAGUGACCAUGGAGUGCGUUUGCCGUCAGGUAGUUGAGAGUUAAUACGGCGAGAAUAUUGGGAGAAGGAAACUUUUCAAGGAAUCCAAGGAGCUACAGUUGGAAACAUGGCUGUUCGCGAAGAAGGAGAGGUUUUGCACAGUAAAAUCAGGCACCACGAUGGGGUUGCCAAUGCAAACAGCACAGAGAGCUUCAGGAACGGCUAUGUGAAGAGCUGCGUCACCCCUUUAAAACAAGACCAUCAAAGGGGAUUGUUGUUUAACGUCUGUAGGUUUUGCAUUGAGGACAUUCUGAAUUCAAAAAUAUUUCGAAUUUCUGGCCUAUACCUGGGUGCAUUCGCAAUUUUUGCAGUUUCGUUGCUUAUUUCCAGGAGCUUACAAAGUGACUUCAGCUUUUGGGAUUUGCGGACCUUUCUGUCGGGCUUCUCUCAGUCCAUCAGCCCUCUCUUUAGCAUAGGCUGUGCAUUCUUCUUUUUGACCUUUUAUUUAAGGAGGAAAAAGAGGGAAAGUAAUAAAUGUUGGCUUGUGUCACUGCCAGCAUCAUGUUACUUAGGGGAUUUUUUAGUUUUGCGGUUUUUGCAGUGGGGAGAGGACCAACACCAGAUGCAAAUGAUUGGCAGGUUGUUAUUCGUGUUGGGGUGUGUGGGUCUCCUAACACUGAUCCCCACUUUGAAACUCAAACACAGUGUUCUGAUCCUGGUGUUUGCCAGUGUUGUGUGGUUGGUGUCUUUCACCAGUCUGAGCUGUCUGCCUGCACUCAUGAGACCCGUGUUUGCGUGUUUGGCGGGUGUCUCAGGCUCGCUCUUGUCCCUCUGUUUUGACCAUUAUUACCCGUCGAGGGAAACGCCGAAUAGGAUCUCCAGCAACGAGGAGAAAGUCCCUGUGAUCAGACCCAGGAGAAGGUCCAGUUGUGUUUCUUUGGGGGAAACGUCGACCAGCUAUUAUGGCAGCUGUAAAAUGCCUCGCAGACCUUCAUUACCGUGCAUAUCCAGAGAACAGAUGAUCCUAUGGGACUGGGACCUGAAGCAGUGGUACAAGCCCCAGUAUCAGGGAGCGGUAAGUGGUAACGGAGUGGACCUGUCGGUCAUCAACGAGGCCAGGAACAUGGUGUCUGACCUGCUGAUGGACUCGUCCCUGUCGCCACACACCGUCUCGUCCCUGCGCAGCGUCAGCAGCCUCAUGGGGACCUUCUCUGGCUCCUGUCGGCCCAGGGUCAACCCCUUCACUCCCUUCCCAGGUUUCUACCCCUGUACCGAGGUGGAGGACCCUGCAGAGAGGGGCGACAGGAAGCCCCUGAAGGGUCUUAGCAGCAGGAACAGCCUACCAACCCCCCAACUCCGCCGCGGGUCCACCUCCUCCCCUCUCCCCCCUCUGGAGUCGGCCGCCUCCCGCUGGGAACGCAACAACGGCAAGAGACCGGGACCCCACCCUGACCUCAAUAUGACCAGCACGGGUUCUCUGUCCAAUGGGCCCAAUGCUAACCUGCUGACCAUCCCUAAGCAGAGGUCCUCCUCUGUGACCCUGACCUACUAUGCCGGGCCCAGGAGAGCAGGUGUGUCCCCCAGUCUGAGUCCUGUCAGCUCCCCCAGCCACAGUCCUCAAGGGGGAGGUCUCUCCUCCCAGGUUACGCGCCCCCCAGUGGAGUUCCCAGACACAGCUGACUUCCUCACCAAGCCCAGCGUCAACCUGCACAAGCCCCUGGGCUACAUCCUCAGCUCCGCUGACUUCCAGGGGCCUUACCGCAGCCCCACGGCAAUGUGCACCAGCUGUGGUCGUCAGAUGCUGAAGAACAUGCCCAGUAUGGAGGCGGGGGAGGGACACCUGCCAUUCACUGGUCAUGCUGAGGCCCAGCGCAGACGCUCAGCAGGUGAGGGGUCAGAGUUCAUGGGGGAGGCACUGAUCAGGGAGGAGAGUGUGGAGGCCGAGUCGAUGGGGGACAGGAAUCCAGACGCAAGGAGCCGGGGCCAGACAGACGAGGAGGAGCAGAGCGCCACCACAGAGCAGCAGACUCAGGAAACAGAGGGUGAGUUCAGACUAGACCCCCUGCUGGAGAACCACGAUGACCUCAUGGAGAAGAUCAACAGCUGGAACUUCCAGAUCUUUGACCUGAUGGACAGAACAGGAGGGAAGACAGGAAGAAUACUCAGCUACGUGACCUACACUCUGUUCCAGGACACUUGUCUGUUUGAGAUGUUUAAGAUCCCUGUGAGGGAGUUCAUGUCCUAUUUCUGUGCUCUGGAGAACGGCUAUAGGGAUAUUCCCUAUCAUAACCGGGUCCAUGCCACUGACGUGCUCCAUGCUGUCUGGUACCUGACUACCCGGCCUGUUCCAGGAUUCCAGCAGAUCCACAAUGAGCAUGUGACAGGAAGUGACACAGAUUCAGACAGUGGGAUCUCGCCGGGCCGGGUAUCAUACGCCUCCUCCAAGAGCUCGUCCAUCUCUGACGACAACUACGGCUGCCUGGCAUGGAACAUCCCUGCUCUGGAACUCAUGGCACUAUAUGUAGCAGCUGCCAUGCAUGACUAUGACCACCCCGGUCGCACAAACGCCUUCCUCGUAGCCACUAACGCAGCUCAGGCGGUGUUGUAUAAUGACCGUUCGGUCCUGGAGAACCACCACGCUGCUUCAGCCUGGAGCCUCUACCUGUCUCAGCCAGAGUUCAACUUCCUGGCCAACCUGGACCACGUGGAGUUCAAACGUUUUCGCUUCCUGGUCAUCGAGGCCAUCCUCGCCACAGACCUGAAGAAGCACUUUGACUUCCUCGCCGAGUUCAAUUCAAAGGUGAAUGAUGUGAACAGUCCAGGAAUCGACUGGACUAAUGAGAAUGACCGGCUGCUGGUGUGCCAAGUCUGCAUUAAGCUGGCAGACAUCAACGGGCCGGCCAAAGGACGCGAUCUGCACCUCAAGUGGACAGAAGGCAUUGUCAAUGAGUUUUAUGAGCAGGGGGAUGAGGAAGCCACUUUGGGAUUACCCAUCAGCCCUUUCAUGGACCGCUCCUCUCCCCAGCUGGCCAAGCUGCAGGAGUCCUUCAUCACACACAUCGUGGGGCCGCUCUGCAACUCGUACGACGCCGCUGGCCUGCUCCCUGGCUACUGGAUCGACGAGGAGCGCUCUGAGGAUGAGGAUGAGGAUGAGGAAGAGCAGGUGGAGGACACAGAGACUGACGAAGACGAGCUGGAGGAGGAGCUCGAACCAAAAAGGAGAAACGGCCGGCGUCGGCUGUUCUGCAACAUCAUGCAGCACCUGACAGAGAACCACAAGGUGUGGAAGAAGACCAUCGAGGAGGAGGAGAAGGGCAACGAGAAGCAGCAGGCCGACAGUCUGCCUCUCAGCCUGUCCCCUUCGCCCUCCGACGACCAGAUCCAGGUCAUUCAGGAGGAGGAGGAAGGGGAGGAGCGCCAGUAGCAUGAUGAAGAAGAGGAAGAGGAGGGACAGAGCCAGGAUGCUCGGGAAGGGCGGAACAGUGAAGGCGAAAGUCCUUCAACUCCUCCCUCUUACACGCUCACACACACACACACAAAAAUAUUUAUACACAACACAUACAUGCACACACGUACUAUAGACAUAUACACAAACACAUACACACACAGGAUGACCCUGCUGGAUCUCCACACGUUGAAAUUGUCACUGUGCCGACACGCUAAUGCAGUCAUGUUGUUUUGAAAAAGGCCUUACUACUGUGAGGGGAUUCUUGCUGCAAUGGUGGGAACCCCACUCCUAUGCACUUUCACCCCAUGGAGAGUAGACCAAGAACAAACACCAGAGCUGAGGACACUGGUGUGGAGAGGAAGAGAGGAAAAGGUUCUGGAUGUGCCCUCCAUGGUGAUCUGGCUGUAAUGCUGCCUUGAACGCAGAGCACUUAACUCUCCCUAAGGUACUAAAACAAAUCCUAUGAUUUCAAAUAAAGGAAAAGAAAAAACACAUUGACGUGGUUGACAUCCGUUACCAAAGCGAACAGUUCAAACGUGGAAAGACAAGAGACUGAGACUGUUUCAGGCUCACUGUCAGGAAUAUUCUAGAUUUAUAUAUCAAAUGUGCCUGUCUGAACCUUUACUGAGUCCCCUGGUCCAGACCCUAGGUUGGUCUGUGCAGUCCUCUCCCCUUGCUGGCGACACCAAACACUGUAUCACUGACUCAGUCACAGAGACGUUGUGGAGAUGUUGACUGAAAAUGAGCAUUAUACCUGCAUCGUUUUUGAUGCCUUUUAUUCAUGUGUACCACCUGCCUUUUAUGUUUCCCUCUUCUUUUUAUUGGUUUAAUUUAGUUGGUGUGUGUGUGUGUGUUUUCUUCAGGAACGCUUGGUCGCAAGUCAUUGAAAUGUUUUCGGAGAUGAGAUGUUCUCUGUUGUUCUAAUGGAGUGCUGUUCCAAUGGAGUGUUGUUCCAAUGGGGUGCUGUUCCAAUGGAGUGCUGUUCCAAUGGAGUGCUGUUCCAAUGGAGUGCUGUUCCAAUGGAGUGCUGUUCCAAUGGGGUGCUGUUCCAAUGGAGUGCUGUUCCAAUGGAGUGCUGUUCCAAUGGAGUGCUGUUCCAAUGGGGUGCUGUUCCAAUGGGGUGCUGUUCCAAUGGAGUGCUGUUCCAAUGGAGUGCUGUUCCAAUGGAGUGCUGUUCCAAUGAAGGGAUGUUUUUUUUCUUUAGAUUAUAUCUAUUUUUUCACGGUUACUCAGGAUUCUCGUGAAGUUGAAUCAUUAUUUUGCAAGAAUUUAAGUAAUUGACUUUAAAACAAAAUCUCGGUGAUUUAAAUUGUUUUUAAGCUUUGUAUGAACAACUUGAAAAACAAACACAUUCAAGCAAUUGAACUGCUCCUCUGUGAUAGAGCAAAGUAUGUCCUGUGUUUCUGUCAACCUCCGCUGCCCUGCUGGCAGCGCCGUUGGCUUGAUCUUCUGAAGACCUCACUGUAGAAUUGGGAUCCUUGAUUGUCAGUGGACUGUAAAAUACCUGUUUGCAGCAAGGCAACAUUUUGUACAGUAAAAUCCCAUGAUUAUUCAUGUACCAGUAUAGGUAAAGGUGUUUUUGAGUGCAUUGCUGUUGGCAUUGUUUUUACACAUACUUUGUCGAGCUAACCUCUUCAUUUCAUUUGUCAUUCUACAGACACUGAUGUUUUGACAAAAACUAUAGAUCUUUGCCAAACCCGCAACUAGGCCAGGACUUAAGUAAUCCAGGGUUUCACCUUCGUUUUGGUUUUAUAGUGUCUUAUUCUCCGUACCAUAAGACGGUUUAAUACUAAUAGUUCUAUAUUUCUGUCUGUAAAAACUCUAGGCAUUCCACUAGAAAGAGUUUAAUGAAAGAGAUGGCAGACCUGCAAGCCGAACUCACUUAUCACCCUAUCAAGUCAUUUUCUAUGGAGAAGGAAGUUCUCAAAUAGGCAGUGUAAUUCAAGCUAGUAUAUUUAAAGACAAAAAAUAUAUAUAUAAAUGUCCACAUUUUACUACCAAACAAGUGUUUAGCCUCUGCACAAAAAAAACAAUAUCUGCAUAUAAAUAUAGUGUAUAAAUAUAUUAUAUUUUUAAAUGAAUCAACAGAAUGCAUCUGUUUUCUACACACAGCUGACAUAUUGUACAGUGAGACCCUGUAAUUCUCAUCCUGUUUCCAGAGUUUUUAUCUGAUACUACAGAUGUUGAACUGUGGGGUUUGGUGUUUUUCUUUUGGGUUCAGCGUCUCCCUGCUCCUUAUCACAACCACUUUCUCUCUCAACUCUUGUGUUGUCUACUCAGUCCACCCAUCCACCCAACCAGUGCCAAACUGUCCCUGCUCACUGCCCAACCUCUGGGCUCUCAUACACAGGGCUUGCUAUGGUUGGACCCAGAGGUCUCGCUGAGCUUCAUGUCCCACAGCAGGCUCAAAGUAAUGCUGGUGAAGCCCAGCCCAGGUGUUGUUGUAUGAGAGCUCACGACUCCUAACCGUGGCCUUUCAGUCCGUUCGGGUUGAGCGCCACUGCAUCUCUUAAGUUCUGAUGGUGAAUUGUGAUGCCUCUGCCACCUCCCCCCACAUUGUAUGGCUCAUUAUGUUGUAAAAGUUUGUUUGUUGGCUUGUCACUGUGCAGUCUCACGAACCACAGUGUCCUCUAAUGUUCUUGUCAUAAAAGUCUCUAUGAAUGCCUGUUACCCUUAUGUAGCAUUGAGAUAUUGUAUGUCUGUUGUAACUGUUCAACCAUAUCAAAAUUGUGGGGGAAAUGAUUUUUGUUAUUUAUAGCUGUCAUAAAACACCAUCCCUAAAAUAA